AUGGAUACAACAGAGAUAAAAGACCGGCCGAUACCGUUUAAAAUACACGUGUUAAGUGCAAUAAGAACAUUUUUAGAUGUGAUCACCAGUAUUUUUUUCAUGUUAAUUUACGGAAAUAAAGGAAAGACUAUACCACCGAUAAAGGAUGAUAUUCUCAAGCAACCAGCUAUAGAGGUCGCAAGGAAAAUAAGAACCAAACAGAUAAGCAGUGAAGAUGUGGUACAAAUAUGUAUACAGCGGAUUAGAAACAUUAAUAGGCAGCUGAAUUGCUUGGUGUAUGACCGCUUUGAGUUGGCCCUGAAAGAGGCCAAGAUGGCGGACAGACUAAUUCUUAGUGGUUUGAAGACUGAGGAUGAAUUAUUAAAGGAAAAACCCUUCUUGGGCGUUCCAUUUACUACCAAGGAUUGUAUUGCUGUCGAAGGUCUUCAUCAGACCGCUGGAGUAGUAUUACGCAAAAAUAGCAUAGCAGACAAAGACGCUGAGGUGAUUAAAUUAUUGAGAGACAAGGGCGCCAUCAUUCUCGGUUUAACAAAUGUUCCAGAACUUUGCAUGUGGUACGAAACCUAUAACAAAAUUCACGGCAGGACAAAUAAUCCAUAUAAUACUAAUCGAAUUGUCGGCGGAUCAUCCGGUGGUGAAGGAUGUAUACAAGCGGCAGCCGGUAGUUGCUUUGGAAUUGGUUCCGACAUAGGUGGAUCUAUACGUAUGCCCUCUUACUUUAAUGGAAUAUACGGACAUAAACCUACUCGAAAAGUCGUAUCUAAUGACGGACAAUAUCCUCCCCCUGAAACCGAUGAACAAGAUAAAUUCUUAUGCAUAGGACCCAUGACAAGAUAUGCUGUUGAUUUGAAGCCAAUUCUCGAUAUAAUAUCGGGAGAGAACAGCAAGAUGUUAAAGCUGGAACAGCCUGUCAAUAUUGGCGAAUUGAAAGUAUUCUAUCAGAUCAGUAACAACGCUCUAAUGUGCAGCAAAGUGGAUCCGGAAAUAGUAACGGCUUUGAAGAAAGUUGUUGAUCACUUUAAAGUUAAACAUAAAAUUACUGCGGAGAAAACAAAUAUUAAGUGGUUAAAGAAGUCCAUUACCAUUUGGUUUGAAACAAUGAAAAGCGAAGUUAACUUUGGUCAAUAUUUAAUGAAGGAUUAUGCUUACUGGAAAAUUUAUCGAGAAAUCUUUAAAAGUUUCUUUGGAUUAUCUGAUAAUACUUUUAUCGCCUUACUAACUUCUAUUGUAGACCAAAAAGAUGAUGGUAAAGAAAAAUACAUACGAUAUGAGCGGAUACGACUAGAAUUGGAGAAUAUUUUUAAAAAUAUGCUUGGUGAUAAUGGCAUAUUUUUAUUCCCUACUCAUCCGACACCCGCGCCAUAUCACGAUCAGCCUCUAGUGAGACCUAUGAAUUUUAUAUAUACUGGUAUAUUUAACAGUCUUGGUCUUCCAGCAACUACUAUUCCAUUAGGAUUAAGCAAAAACGGUAUACCAAUCGGAAUUCAAGUUGUAGCAAAUCAUAAUAAUGAUAGAUUGUGCUUAGCUGUUGCUGAAGAGUUGGAAAAAGCAUUUGGAGGAUGGGUUCCACCGCAGACA